AACACAUGGGAAGCUUUGACUUACUUUGGGUACGUCUCGGGUCUCGGGUCUCGAGUCUUGCGUGGUGUAUGGCAACUCUGGUCUAGUCCUAUCUAGAAUCUGGGGUCACGACACAUGAUCUUGGUGCUGUCCGUCAGCAAUCAGCAAUACUGGCAUGCAUGAGAAAUGGCGCACAGCUUGAAAGACGUAAAGCAUCAAGUUGGAUGUUGAGUGUUGGAUGUCGUGUCCUGUCGGUAGAUGGUGGACGUGGUGAGGGAAAGUCCAACUGUCACAAACUGAUCUGGAAGGUGCGAUUCCAAGAGUGGAGCAUAAGGUGACAAUACGGUAAUACGGUAUUACCCGGCUGUCACCUGCAAUUUUGUCUGUCACGAUGGGACCCUGCAAUACGGGAAGGAACGCGACCGCGAGUGUUGAACUCUAUGAGGGAAGGUGCGACUGGACUGGGCAAAAUGCCUCUCGUAUCAUUCGACUCCCGAUCCACGGCGGCCUCCCUCCAUCAACCACACCUCGUCCAGUAAUCUGGCAUUGUUGUGCAGCACCUGCUCCUGUCUAGUCAUGCCACUGGACGACACGUCCCGUACUCUGCUCGAGGCUGGACUCAAUGACGCUGGGCUCACUCACCCACCCACGAAUUGCCUCAGUAAUGCCUUACGAGAACCGCCGCAUCCCACUCAUGCCACACGAGGACUCAGGCUGGCCAUGGCAACAUAAAAGGUUUGUCUGCAAACUACCAACAGACACUGUUCCCCAUCUCCAAGAACAAGAGAGUAAACAAAGCCUAAUCACAAAACACAAGUCUUUAAGCAUUCAUCUUACAUUGAUUCAAGAUGAUGUCCCAAACAGCACCAGUUGUUGAAACCAGACCUAGAUCUGCAUCAACAGAUGUCAAAGACAAUGCAUUUGUCUCCGUCUACAAUGACGGUGAUCUCACCGACCUCCUUUUCAAAGAACCCGCCUUUGCGGCAGGCUUUUUGGUUGAAACCGAAGAGCCACACAAGGCAGACGGCGUUGCCAUUUCCAGAAGGAAACCAGCAGCUCACUUCAACACCGGCACCACUCCUCCCCCACCUACGGUGAAAGCUACAGUCACUGCACAACCCGCCAAGGCACCUAUGGAAGAGGCCACGAAAUCGUCGCCCCCACCAGAGAGAUAUGAAAGAAGACCGAGUUUCAUCGAGGUCACUCUCCCCGCCGAGCACAAGGAGAACCAUCAUCCUACCACCAAAUCCCACCCACAUCCACACUCACACCAGCACCGACAAGAAUCGUCGGAAGAGCACGUUAUGGACUGGUGGCCAGAGAAUGAUAGUACCGCCCAGCAUGUGUGGGUUGAGAAGAACCAAACUUCAGCUGACGAAGAGGAAGAUAUCUUUGAGGAUGCCGUCUGGUCCGAGACAUUCUAUGAUUGAAAAAUCAUACGGUUGGAGUUGAUUUGUAUAUAACGAUUUAUGAUUGCCAUGUCCAGGCCAUAUGAGCCGAGGACGGCGCCGAGGACCAGGGAUUCAAUGACUGUAUCUCAUCUUAGUAUGAAUACUGGGGUACAUGUAUGCAAUUCAUAAUGCUAU